CAAGUGUAGAGGUGCUUAACGAUAGGGUGGAUUCGCUCGAACAGUAUGGCCGUAGAAACAUGCUCGAGAUACACGGGGUUCCUACUGUGCAUGGGGAAAAUACCAGAGACGUUGUGCUAGCCACGUGUAAAGCAGUCGGAGUUGACCUGGGUCCGGAGGCGAUAGACAGCUGCCACCGCCUGCCCAAGGGGGCAAACCAACACUCCCCCGGGAUCAUCGUCAAAUUCGUACGACGAGAUGACGCGCACAAGGUACUAGAUAAGAAGAAACACGUGAGGAGACUUUCCACUCGCGACGUCGGAUUUCAAGCGGAGGAUCGCCCAGUGUUCAUCAAUUUGUCACUUACUCUGGACAAGAGUUUCGACAAAUUCGGCCGGGAUCAACCGGAAGCAUCCUCACUCCAGAAAGCUGGAGUAAGUUGGUGGAGGAUUGGCGAGUUCGCUGGAGCAGAAACAUGCAACUUCCCGGGACAGAGUUUAUCUUUGUUUGAACUUUCAAUCUUCUUGUUCCUAGCUCUAGGUCUGUUUCAGUCAAUAAAAACAAUUUCUGCUGACAUGUAGCAGUUCACUAUUCUGUGACAAGCCCGAUCCAGAAACUUAUUUUAUCAAGU